AAGAACGAUAGCAUAUUUGACCUAUUUACAUACGUUUGCAUAAAGGUUGUUUUAAUCAAUGUAGCGUCGUUGAAGACUCUCCAAAAUCUGAAAUACGUCCGAAUGUGGUUUUAUUUCACAUAUUGUUAGAAAUGGAUCCUGAACAAUCUGAGUCCAGCAACGGUGUUUAUGCAGAAGGAGCUCAAAUUACAGAUGCAUCUGUUUUGCAGACACAGGAAAUUCCGAAAACAUUACUGCAGGAAGAUGGUGCUGGAGAUGUAGGAGGUGACCACACUGUGGCUGAAAGUGAAGACCCAGAUGGACUAAGCCCUGAGGUGUCUGCUAACACCCAUAAUAGUGCUGACGGUAAACGGUCAGAUUCCAUGCAGACUGGUGAUGAUGCUAUUGGUUUUGUGGAAGACUCCAAUGGUGAAAUUAUCACAGUUGUUCUAACAGAUGAAAAGAUGGAAGUGGUUAAUAGAGAAGAGCCAGUUUCUGAUAUAAAUGAAGAACACCAGGUGAUAGAACAGUCUAUUGAAACUGUGGAAGAGCAAGAAGAAAUUGUAGGUGGACAAGAAGAAAUUGUAGGUGAACAAGAAGAAAUUGUAGGUGGGCAGGAAGAAAUUGUGGAAGAACAAGAAGAAAUUGUGGAAGAACAAGAAGAAGAAAUUGUGGAAGAACAAGAAGAAAUUGUGGAAGGUCAAGAAGAGAUUGUUGGAGAACAAACAGAAACUGUGGAGCAAGAAGAAUUAAUUCCACUGAAUGAUGAUGAUGAUGAUGAUGAUGGCAGUAAAAGUCCAUCACAACUUUUGCAGCCUGGUGAAGCUCUUACUGGUGGAGCUGAAGAGGAUGGUGAAACUAGAAUAAUAAGCUUGGAGGAUGAUGAAGAAGAAGAAGAGGAAGAAGAGUUAGAAGCCAAUCGAUCAUCCACAAAUAUUAAUCUUUUAGAAGAAGUUGCAAAGUCUCAGGAGAACAAUAGUUUAGUACCAGUAGUCGAAGAGACAAUUAUUAAGGAACAUUUUGUUCCACUUGAGAAUAAAGAUGAAAGUGUUUCUGUAAUGGAGAUCUCUGGAGUCAAAGAGACACGUCCACGCUCAGAUGAUACACUGGCUCCUCCCCAAAAUGAACAAGAAGCACAGUUAGCUAAAAUACAGGCUUUGGCUCAAAGUGUUCAAGCACAGGUAGAACCGUCUAAGCAAAUCAGUAAUGACCAAGGUGAUCAGUUGUCUGAAGAAGAAUCCAUUCAAAAUGAAUUGAAUUCUUCCAAGUCCAUACCUUCUGAAGAAGUGAAAAUGUCCACAAGAAGAGGACGUCAAAGAAAAGAUGAAGAUGUGAAGGAAAGUAAAUCAUCAGAUGCCAUUGUUACAACAGAUAAAGCUAAGAAAGGAAAGACUGUAAAAGAAACGGUUUUGUUAAAAGUUGAAAACACUGAAAAACGAAGUAGAAGAAACAUUAAAGUAAAUUCUAGUACAGAUGAACAGGAAAUAGAAAGUGAAAAGGUUACAGCUUCUGAAACAUCAAAGAAAAGAGGACGACCUCGCAGGGAGUUAGAAGCUGAGGGAAAAAAAGGUUCAUCCAAAAAGGAUACAGAAGCCGAAGAACAACCUGAAACUCCCAGGAGAAGAGGACGAUUACGCAAAGGAUCUGAAGUACAUGAUGAAAGUCAAUUGACAAAAAUUGGGUCAAAAGAAGAUCAAGAAUUGGACAGCGAAAAGGCUUUGAAUGAAACACACAAAAAAAGAGGGCAACUAAGUAAGGAGUCUGAUGAAAGCAGUGAGAGUCCUGAACCAAGAAGAGGAAGAGGUAGACUUCGUAAAGAAAUUGAACCAGAUACUGAAAACCUCACUGCAUCUGAGAAAAAGAAAGGACGUGGUAGAGCAUCAACAAAAGAAGCUAUUGAAGAUGAACCAACAUCUCAAGUGACAACUGAAGUUAAAAAGGGACGUGGAAGACCUUCAAGGAAAAGUUUAGAUGCUGAACCAGUGGUCAGUGUAGAAGAAACUCCCAAAAAUAAACGGGGCAGACCAUCUCAAAAAGAAACUGUUAAUGAUGAACAGUCUGGAGAAGCAGAGUUAAAAAGAGGAAGAGGAAGACCCACUAGGAAAUCUGAUGACACUGUAGAAAACAGUGCUUUAGAGGAAACUAGUGUCACACCAAAGAGAGGUCGUGGUCGACCAAAAGAAAUAGAUGCAGAAAUUGACAAUGAAGACUCUACAAAGGCAAAGAAAGGUGUCAGAUCUGAAGACAAACCUGAACAAAAACGGAGUCGUGGCCGGCCUUCAAAAGAUAAUGAGAUUGAGGAAGAGAAAGGAAAGAAAGUUAAAAAAUCUGAAACUCCCCAAAAAGGCACAGAGAGCAAACUGAGAGGUCGACCUGGUAAAGAUAUAGCUGAAGAAGAAAAUACCAAACAAGGGAAACGUAGCAAAGUGCAAAAAGAUGAUGAAGAAGAAGAUUCUAAUUCCAUUACCACUCCAAAAAUUACUAAGAAAAUAUUAACAGAUGAUGAAGAUAGUACUCCAAAACGAGGGAGAGGUAGACCUCCCAAAGUUGUAGAAAAUAUUAAGGAGGAAAUUUCUAGCAAAAUGGAUUCAUCUCAAGAAAAAACAAUCAUUCAAACACCAAAAGAAUCCCCUGCAACACCAAAAAGAGGCCGUCCAAGUAAAAACAAACCUGAGGACGUUGUAUCUGUAACACCUCGGAUUACAGAAUCACCCUCAAAGUCAGACAGAAAAAGAACCAGGGAUCAAGUGGAAGAGAUUUCAGUUGCAGAUGCUAGUACCAACAGUUCAGUAGCUGAAACUAGUACUCAGUUCACUUCAACACAAACCACCUCGCCAUCUCAGAGUGCACAGUCACAAAAGAAACGAAGAAUUAUGGUCGGGUUAUCUGGUACAGUAUCUACACCCACCACUGUUGGUACUACAGAGGUGACCAGAACUGCAGAACUACUGAACGAAGAUGAUGAAGAAACCUAUACUAUUGUUAAAGCUGAACCCAUGGAUGAUGAGGAGGAGGAGGAAGAGGAAGUAGGUGAAGAAAUUCCUGUUAGCUUGUCCACAUCCACCACACUGCAAAGCUCUGAUUCUUAUACAACUCCAUUAGUAUCCAUUCCAGAUUCUAAACGUGUCAUUAGAAUUAUACCUGGGACGCCAACUGGAACAGGGGAUGUCUACAAUAUUGAUCAAAUUGAUGAAGACGAAUUUGGUGAUGGUGAGAGACAGUCCAGUCAUGGUACUCAGACUGCACAUUUUGUUGAGGUUGAAACAAUAUUUGAGUCAGCUGGGCGUAGGUCUGUUCAAACACAAACUGAUCCUAGACUGAAAAAGAAAAAGUUUGGACCCCUGAAUGUUGAUGCAGAGGUAGAUGCAAUGGAUUUUGAUGAUGAUGAUGACGAUGAUGAAGACAGUCCAAGGAGGAGGCGAAGACGUGAGGAAGAUCCAAGCUUGUUUGAAGAUAAUGAACCUAGAAGAAAAUCUAUUAAGAGAAAUACAGAGGAGGCUUUGAAAUGUCCAUUUUGCGAUAAAGCUUUCAUUGGAUUGGUGAAGCAUAUUAAAAGUAAACACAAAGAUGAGCCAGAUUAUGACGAGGAAAUGCGAAAUGCUAAGUGGCGGGAGCGAAUCAUGAAAGUGUCUACGACAGGUGUUGAUGAUUCAGGAGAGACAUGCACUGAAUGUGGCAAGGUCACCAAGAAUAUGAAACGCCAUAUGGAGCUGCAUCAACAGAAUCGAAUGCAAAUUCCAUGUCCCAUCUGUGGAAAGGUUGUUCUGAAGACGGGCAUGAGUUCUCACAUGCGUACCGUUCACUCUGGCCGACGUCCAUACAAGUGUCCACACUGUGACUACACCUCCGCAUUCCGAGGAAAUCUGAAUACACACAUCAAGGGAAUGCAUUUGCACACCAGGCAGUAUUUGUGCAACACCUGCAAGGCUGCGUUUAAGACUCUAGGAGCUCUGAUUGGUCACACGAAGCGUGUACAUGAAGGCUGGAAGUCGCCCAAUCAGAAGAUUUUCAUCUGCUCUGUGUGUGAGAAGCGUUUCACCAAGAAGUACCACGUGGAUCGACACAUGCUCAUUCACACUGGAGAGAAGCCCCACAAGUGCAGUGACUGCGGACGCUGCUUCAACAACAAGUCCAACCUCAUGUCGCACAUCCAGCUCGUUCACAAGAAGCUGUCGCCAUACAUGUGUGACAUGUGUCAUGAAACAUUCAAACGCAAGAAACUUCUGCUCGAACAUAUUGGCAAGAUUCAUGUAGCACAUGGAGAAGCAGCCAAAGCCAUGCAGGCGUACAUUCGUAAGAUUGAGGAUGAGGUGCCUGACGACAUGGAUGAGCUGGAGGAGGAGCACACGGUGACGCUGACGGAGCAGGAGGUGCAGGAGAAUGAGGACGGCAGCACCACCGUGUACGCCACCAUGUCCGACGGAACCUACACCGCCAUAGUGACAGACGCCUCACAGGUUUUACAAGGACAGACAUUUACAACACUGCAGACAGAGGGUGGACAGGAGACGAUCAUCAUUGUACAGGCAGCUGACCCCAACGAGGUCACUCAUGCCAUUGUAGAGCAGGACGAGCCUAUUCAGUUCGCCAUGCAGCCCACCUCGGAGGUGUCUGGCACCACAGAUAACACCAUCUACACAGAAAUGCCGUAAUCACUCCUUGUCUCAGUAUGACAGAUCCAGACAUGUUCACAUGUGACUCGACCCAAGACAGUGAUGGUUCUUUUACUGAAUCUGUUUUGUCGUAAUUUCUGAAGUGCUUGAGAUACUAGAAUAAAAUCUAUUGCAAAUGCAUCAUGAUAAAUCAAAUUUAAUGUUUAAUAUCACUUGGUGCAGUUUAAUGGUCAGUAGAUGUCAGCUAUAAUGAUUUAGAAUCACAAAGUGUAAAUAAACAAAUGCGAUAAUGUAUACAGAAUGGGCGGAAGAGAUUUGAAAACCUUACUUGGUAUUGAUAUUUCCUUCCAUGGAGAGUUAUUUCCCCUGUACUGCAUUUUUAUAGCUGUGUAUUAUGGAAGUACUGACUGGCUGAAAACGAGAUUGUUUUAAUUAAUAUUCUUAAGCAAUUACUAUUACUGUAUGUUGCUUAUAUUUCAAAAAGACUUGCAUAAAUUUGCUAUCUAAAAUUGCUAGGAAGACAUUUUAAAAUGUAUACAUGUGUAGACGUGUAGACUGCUUUCUGCAAGUAAAACAUGAACUAAAAAGAUACCCUGAGUCUUGAUUGUGUCAUGAGUUAUUUCAUAAAUGAGUGAUUUCUUUUAAAACACAAUUAAAUGGCCUUUAAACAAUGGCAUUUCAACCAUGUGCGUUGAGAUCUGCAUAAACACAUUUGCUUUGUCUUGAAUUAUCCAUAGAAGUAGGUAAGGUAAGCACAUUAUGUGUCUUGAUCAUAAGACAACAUUUUUACCAUAUAUAUUAUGCUUGUAUAUAAUUACCCCUUGAAUGCUGAAAUUGAAUCUUCUCUGUUUUAGAUAAAUAUUAAGUUCCUAUAAUGAUCUGGAUUUGGCAAAUUCCUGUUUUUGUCAUGCAUUUAUGAAGUCAAAAGGUGAAAUAAUGUUAGUUUCUCAUUUUAUCUCCAUUUCACACAAACCCUUAAGUCUUAAGUCAUUGAGUUUAUAGUUUAUCUAUGAAUGUUCAUCUCUUAUGCAUGUUAAAAACAAAAAAAUUUAAUUUAUGCAAACUUUAAUUCUUUUAAAGUUUAAUUAAAAAUAUAGUUUUAAUUUGCAUUGAGAUGAACUUUUAUGGAUUUUUAUUAAUGCAGUUUGUGGAUGCAAUUUAUGGUAGGUCAUUUCUUAGCUAACCCCUGAUAUAUGAAUAUGGAUUGUUUUAUUGUAAGAAGUGAAAUAGACAGAAUAUUAGUGUUAAACCUGUUUACAUAUUAUGUUUAGACUUUUUGUGAUGUGCAUUAGAUAGAGGUAUCACAGUUUAAUGAAGAAUUGACUUAAUUAUUUGCUUUGUUAUUGAAAUAUUGUGACUCGUGUCAAUAGGUUUUGUUAAAAGCAUUAGGUUGUUUAUAUUCAUGUGAAUUUUUUUUUUGACAUGUAUGUGGUUAAAAAUAUUCUUAUGUUGUAUUAGUAUAUAUUUCCAGACAUUCAAAUCACUUGAUCAACAAUUGUAUGUAAUAGACUUAUGAAAUACAUUUUAAUUGAGCUGUUUGUGGAAACUGAAGUUAGUGUCUUGUUUCAUGUCUCCUUUGCUACUAGUCUUGGAAAGUGUUGGUAACCCACUUGUCUCUUAUCAGGUAAGAGAGGAGCUUGUAAUAGAUGUGUUUAUUCACUUUAUCUUUUCUUUUUGUAAUGUAUCACAAACUUAUCUUACAUAGAGACCUAUUUCUUUUUAUGGGUAUUUUGUUACGUUUUUGUUAUUAAUGAAUUUAAAACUUUGAACAUUUUUUUUGUGAGUUACAGAAUAAGUUUAUUUUGUGACUGUUAAAUAUGUUUUAAAUCGGGUAUAAAGUGUGAUGUAACUAAGGUAAGACACCCACAAGUGAAAACUUUAUUAUUAUUAGAUGUACUAUGUUCUGUUAACUAAAAAUCCAUGAAACAGAAUAGGCAGUUUAGCUGUUGUUUGAGUAAUAUUACUGAAAGUAUGUGCAUUUUCUGAUAUUAUGUAGUUCUUGUUUAAUUUUUAUUAUUGCUAUUGUGUUCAGAUAAUUUACUUAAUUCACCUAAGCAUUCCUUAUAGCUCCUUAACUAUGGUUCUUUUAUUUUUAAAGACAUGUUUGUAAUGGAAAAUGUGAUUGACUUGGAUAAACUUUGUUUUCAUGUAGUCUGCAAUUCAUGAUAAACUGCUAAAGAACAGAAUACACCUUUGUAAAUUCACCAUUUAGUAAAAUUAAUCUGAUCAGUUUGGCCAUAUUAAUGCAUCAAAAUUGGAAUCUCUAACAGUAUAUCAGUUAGUAUGAUCACUGUUACAAUUCAGUUGCAGUAAACGUUCAAUGUCUAAUGGAUUUAAAACGGCAAUAAUCAUGGAGAAACACAUUUUACUGAGUGCCUUUAUUCUUAAAAUAUAUUUAUUUUUAAGAAGUUUAAAGUUGGUGCAUAAAUUUACGAGUGGUAUGUGUGGUUAUUUGCACACUUUCAAAAUGAAGUUUGGUCUAUUAUCAAUCAAAACAAAGAAAGUGUACAAAUAAUCAUGCAUACCAUGAGUAGGUUUAUGCAGUAACCGACUUGUACCAUGGCUUUAAGUGAAAUUGCAACGAGGAAGUUUGACUCGGUCAGAGGUGGGGGUUUAAAAAAAUGUGCUGUUAUAUACUUUUACUGCAUACUUUUGUCAAUGGGGAAAACAACCUAAGCAUGGUACUAUUACUCUUAAACAGUAUUUUAAAUUAAAAUUACUCAUUUUCAGACAUCGAAUGCACAUUUAUUUCUGGUUUGUUCUGUCAGUAUUGGAAGGUGUGAAUUCCUGCGUAAUGAACAAAAUAAUACAACACACUUAUCAUGUUUCCAUAAUAAUAUAUACAUACAGUGAAAUAUGGUUACAAUGACCAUCAUGACUACAACAUUUACACCAUCUGACCAUAAAUUGUCGAAACAAACGUACAUCAAUGUUAUUUUGUACAUUACACAGGAAUUCACAUCUUCUGAAACCAACAGAUAUCUGAAAACACCUCUUUACAACAUCAUUACAUAAUCAAAGAUGCCAUAACAGGUUGGCAGUACACAUGCACCCUGCAGACCUGUCAACCUUUAGUCAAGAGAAAGCAGGAGGUGUGUGUUGAAAAAGCAGGAGAUUUUGUCAAAAAGCAGGAGAUUUUUUAAAUUCACACAAUUUAACCCAAAAUCGCAAGAUUUAAA